AUGAAGACAAUCCCAGACUCGGAGCCAAUACCCCCAGGCUUGUCACUCGAAAUCCCGAAUGCUCCACCAGACGAUAGAAAAGAGAGCGUUUUAGCGGAUUUGGAAUAUGGCCGAUUGACGUCGAAAGAUUAUUUGUAUGUCUCUAGCCAUCCUGUUGGAGAGCCAUUACCUCUGCCUAUUGAGGAUGAUCCGCCUUAUAUAUUUUACCUCUUAACUUAUCUAAACUACCUUAUUUUGAUUAUCAUUGGGCAUCUUCGAGAUUUUUUUGGUAAAAUAUUCUACCCCAAGAAUUAUGAAGAUUUGGUUGAAAAAGAUGGGUAUUCUCCGUGGUAUGAUGGUUUUGAAAAGUUUUAUGUUCGCCGUUUAAAGGCUAGAAUAGAUGAUUGUUUUGCUCGACCAAUUCAUGGGGCGCCCGGUCGUUUCAUCAAAUGCUUCAACCGAGUUAGAUAUGGUAAUUCGGGAUAUCUCUACGAUGGAACCUCAUCCGAAUGUUUGAAUCUUUCAUCUUAUAAUUAUUUGGGUUUUGCGCAGUCAAAAGGUGUAUGUACUGAAUACUCUCUAAAGCGUCUUGAAGAGUAUGGUACCUCGUGUUGUUCUCCCAGACUGAUAAUAGGUACCACUGACUUGCAUAAAAAGUGUGAACGUAUUGUGGCCAACUUUAUUGGUAAAGAAGAUGUUCUUUUAGUCUCUCAAGGUUAUGGAACCAAUGCUACUGUUUUCUCUUCUAUUUCGGAUACCAAGACGUUGGUAAUUUCAGAUGAAUUGAAUCAUGCUUCAAUUCGGUUUGGAAUUAGACAAUCUGGGGCUUCGGUCAAGGUUUUUAAACACAAUGAUAUGGAAGACUUAGAAAAGUUGGUGAGAAACCAAAUAGCUCAAGGGCAACCGAAAACUCAUAGGCCAUGGAGCAAAAUCAUCAUUGCAGUCGAGGGAUUGUAUUCAAUGGAAGGAAAUUUGUGUAACUUACCAAAGUUAAUCGAAAUUAAAAAGAAGUAUAAGUGUUAUCUAUUUGUUGACGAGGCUCAUUCGAUCGGUGCUUUAGGGGCUGAUGGAAAGGGAAUCUGUAACUACUUUUCGGUUGAUCCAUCUGAUGUUGAUAUUUUGAUGGGUACUUUUACGAAGUCUUUUGGUGCUACAGGUGGAUACAUUGCUGCUGAUAAAGCUAUUAUCGACAGACUAAGAUUAAACUAUAUUACUAAUGUUUACUCUGAAGGUGUACCUCCUCCUGUAUUAGGUCAAAUUAUUUCUUCAUUGAGUGUUAUUGAGGGCAAAUUGAAUCCUGGUGAUGGCCAAGAGAGAUUGCAAAGGAUAGCCUUCAAUUCGCGCUAUUUGAGGCUCGGUUUGAAAAAGUUGGGUUUUAUUGUAUAUGGUGCUGAUGAUUCACCAGUCAUUCCUUUAUUGAUAUUUUUACCAGCUAAAAUGGCAGAAUUAUCUAAAGUCUUAUAUGAUCGAAAGAUUGCUAUCGUUGUGGUUAGUUAUCCUGCUACACCAUUGGAUACUGCUAGAGCUAGAUUAUGUGUAAGCUCUGCAUUGACUAAAGAAGAUUUGGACUACGUUCUCACUCAAAUAAAUGAGGUAGCUGAAUUCUUGAAGCUCAGCAGUGGAAUUGCUGGUGGCUCAAAAGUUCCUGGAGAGCCACCAAGAUGGUCAAUCGAGGAUGUGAUUGCUACUAAUGUCGAGGAUUGCAAGAAGCCAAUUUUGGGAUAG